AUGGAAGCCAGGUACAACAAACUGAUUGAGAAAUCCGAAGAGACACACUGCUCCAAUCUCAAGGAGAUAAGAAAAUCAGUGGAUAAGACUCUAGAGAUCAUUUCUCUAUUGAGUAACACUGUGAGCAACACGAUGGAGACAUAUGCAUCUGACAGUUAUCUUCAACUCAAGGAGGUUAACAAAAUCAGAGAGCAAAUAGCAAAUGUCAUAGUUAGUCUACAAAAACAAAUGUCCAUUCUCCAAAUGGACAUCAGAGCAGCUCUAGCAGUGUCUUCAGCAAAUCAAGUAGUAACCAAAGACUACUUGAAGGUAAUCAUUGACAAUCAGAAGGAAGCACACAAACUAUUCAGAUUUCUUACCACAAAUUCUGGAAAUCGCAAGAUGGAAGUGGUUCUUCAACAACAUAGUCCAUCCUUGAUUCCAGAGCUCCCUAUUGCAGUCAAAGAAGGAGAAGUCUCUUAUAUUCCUACGCAUCUGAACUUGACUGAUCUAAUCCUUGACGCUCAGAGAAGUAAUCCGGAAAACUCAACACAUCACCUAUCCAGCUCAGGAUUGGAUGGAACAGAGGUUGUAGGAACAAUUGCUGCUCACUUCUCAAAUGAUAACCAAACAGAGGAGAGACGCAACAACAUAAGGCGCAUCAAAGAACUAUGUGGAAACAUGCAAGGCAUCAGGGAGAUUGCCGGAUCUUCAAAGCGCAAGAAGCAUUGAAGGUUUUCUUUUCAUCAAACCAGGGGGAAAGUAUGUGAAAACAUUACUUUGCUUUGAUGAAAACACCUUCUUGUUUAAACAUUGCUUGAUUAAACAUUGCUUUAAUAAUUCUCUUAAUUGUGCUUACUAUGCUUGAUUUUGCCUAUUUCAAGUAUGAUUUUGAGAUUUAUUCCUAGCGCAUACAUUCAGGGGGAAUGUAAUUCAGGGGGAACUUAACUAGUUUUUGGCUAACAAUUGAUUUUGGCAAUGAAUUAUUGAUGAGAUC